CUGUUCUUGCUCUUGGGAGGCGCUGCAGGCGCAUAGACGGGAGGCAACGAGGACACAUAUCUAGAUAGGCAGCACGUGUGUUUCAUCAGCCGAACCUAGUUGAAGAAGAACUUGUACAACUCCCACUUCAACCGAAAGAGACCAAAGCUUCUUUUCAAGCAUCAGAAUGUGUGGUAUAUGGGCCUUGUUUGGUAGUGAUGAGUGCCUCGCAGUUCAGUGUACCAAUGCCAUGAAGAUCGCACAUCGUGGUCCAGAUGCUUUCCGCUUUGAGAAUGUCAAUGGUUUCACCAACUGCUGCUUUGGAUUUCACCGCCUUGCUAUUGUGGAUCAGCUGUACGGCAUGCAGCCUCUGCGUGUCAAGAAGUUUCCCUACCUCUGGUUAUGUUACAACGGUGAAAUCUACAAUCACAUUAGGCUGAAGGAGAACUUUGAGUUUGAGUAUCAGACCAAAGUCGAUGGAGAGAUUCUUCUGCACCUGUACGAUCGCUUUGGAAUCCAGAAGAUGGCCAGUCUGCUAGAUGGCGUAUUCGCAUUCAUCUUGUUGGACACUGCUAACAAAAAGGUUUUCUUAGGGAGGGACACCUACGGUGUGAGACCACUGUUCAAACUGCUCACCGACGAUGGCUUUCUAGCUGUCUGUUCUGAAGCCAAAGGUUUGACUCAGGUCACACACUUCAUGUCCUCCCCUGCAAAGAUCACCCCCUUCCCCCCGGGACACGUUGAGGUGUUUAACUUGAAGCCCACUGGAAAAGUGGAGUCUGUGCUGAUGGAUUGCUUCCACUGCUGCACAGACGAACCUAAACAUGCCUCCUAUAACAAUCUUCAGGGUCUUGGCACAGGCUUUGAAUUAGAGACUGUCAAAAACAACAUUAGAAUCCUGUUUGAAAAUGCUGUUAAGAAACGCUUGAUGGCUCACAGAAGAAUCGGAUGCCUCCUCUCAGGUGGUCUCGAUUCAAGUCUGGUUGCUGCAACACUCGUGAAACUGGCCAAAGAAGAGCAGCUUCCAUAUCCCGUUCAAACCUUUGCUAUUGGUGCAGAUGACAGCCCAGAUGUUGCAGCUGCUCGCAAGGUGGCAGCCUACAUUGGCAGCGAACACCAUGAGGUGAGCUUCACACCUGAGGAGGGUAUCCGCGCCCUGGAAGAAGUCAUCUUUCACUUGGAGAGUUAUGACAUCACCACUGUGCGCGCCUCUGUUGGUAUGUACCUGAUAUCAAAGUACGUCCGUGAGAAGACAGACAGCGUUGUGAUUUUCUCUGGUGAAGGUUCUGAUGAGCUGACACAAGGAUACAUCUACUUUCAUAAGGCACCGUCACCUAAAGUGGGUGCUGAGGAAAGCGUGCGUCUGCUGAAAGAGCUUUAUCUGUUUGAUGUGCUGAGAGCGGACCGAACCACAGCUGCACACGGACUGGAGUUGAGAGUGCCUUUCCUGGACCACAGAUUCACUGCAUACUACCUCUCUGUGCCUGAAGAGAUGAGAGCACCUAAGGAUGGUGUGGAGAAGCAUCUCUUGAGGGAAUCGUUUAAAGGGAUGAAACUCAUCCCAGAUGAGAUUCUCUGGAGAAGGAAAGAGGCCUUCAGUGAUGGUAUGACAUCCAUGAAGAAAUCCUGGUACACAAGCCUGCAGGAGCACAUUGAGUCUGAGGUGAACGACUCUCAGUUGGAAAAAGCUGUUAAGCUGUUCCCUUUCAACCCCCCCACAACCAAAGAGGGCUUGUACUUCAGGCAGGUCUUCGAGAAGAUGUACCCCGGCCGCUGCGAGUGGACGCCACAUUACUGGAUGCCCCGCUGGAUCAACGCCACAGACCCCUCAGCCAGAACCCUGUCCAUCUACAAGCCUGAUAAAAACCAGUAAUCAUAUCAACCUUCAGAACUUGACUAAAGAUUACAUCCACUACAGCGUGCACACCUGCCUCAUGUUAAAUUAGCUAAAUUCAAGUUUUUAGGGUGGUUUUAGUCUUUCCUAAAGAGAACUGAAUUUGUUACAGGUCAGUUCUUCACAGAUUGAAGUUAUACAGAAUCUUCUGCUUAUGCAAUGACGUUUGAAAUGAAGGCUGUUCACACUCGUCAAGCCUUCAAGCUGCCUUGCUGAUCUCUUAAAUUCAGUGUAUUUAUGUAAAAAAUAUUGAAUGUAAACUUUUUUUUUUUUUUUUUUUCUCAAUUUCUUCAAGCUUUAUAUUAUUAAACAGAGUCCAAAAAAACAACAACUUGAGAACAGAAGCGUUGUUGGUGUAGCUUGUAUAAAGGACUAGCUUGUUUAACCAAAAUUUCUUCUUGUUUUUCCUUUUUUUUAACUGCUUUAAAACUGCAAUUACAUUAGCCAACGUUUUCA